AUGAUCAAGAUAUGGAGCAUGAAGAAGAACGAGGACCAGGCGGCGAAGAAGAAACCCAAGACUAGUGCCGCUGAGAUUCGUGUGCAGAAAGACAUCACUGAGUUAGAUCUGCCCUCAACCAUGGAGACCAAGUUUGAGAACCCGACUGAUCUCCUGAACUUCACCCUUUACAUUCGUCCCGAUGAUGGCAUGUAUCAGGGUGGUACCUUCGAGUUUUCCUUCCAGAUCAACGCCAACUACCCCCAUGAGCCACCAAAGGUCAAGUGCGUGAAGAAGAUUUACCAUCCAAACGUUGAUCUUGAGGGCAACGUGUGCUUGAACAUCCUCCGAGAAGACUGGAAGCCAGUGCUCAACCUGAACGCCGUGAUGGUCGGUCUUCAGUACCUAUUCCUUGAACCCAACGCGGAUGACCCUUUGAACAAGGAGGCCGCAGAGGAGCUCAAGCGCAACCGUGAACAGUUUCUGCACAACGUGAAGACGUCGAUGCGCGGAGGUUCCGUCAAAGGCGAGCGAUACGACAAGGUCACGACAGAGAAGUAA